UUAAUAAGAAAGCAUUAUGUUUUUAUCUUAUUGGAGAAAUAUUGUUGUUAUUUUGUGUUUUUCCCUUAAUCAAGUUUUAUGUCUUUUUGAUCAGUGUAAUCAUAAAGUGGAAAUGAAAGCUGGUGAAAAAUUAUAUCUAAAUUCCCCUUAUUAUCCUGGAAAAUAUCCUGUUGGUUCGUCUUGUCGUUAUGUGUUAAAAGCUCCUCAGGAUUAUGAAUUGAAAUUUACUUGCAAUAUUAAAUUGAAUACGCCACAAUCUGCAACCAGAUGUGUCAACGAAGUCUUCUAUUUUAAUCGUGAGGGCAGUGAAGUAUUAACAGGUUCGGAAUAUUUUUGUGGCACUGGUAAAAUGGAAAGAAAAAGUUUUCUUAAUCAAGCAGUACUGUCAUACAUAUCGACACCCUAUUACAAACGAAUACUGCCAAAUUUCGUAAAAGAAAGUGAAGAAGAAAUACAAAGAAAUAAAACAUCAACAACAGAAACCAAAAAACAACAGCAGAAAAGAAAAAUGACGACAACAACAGCUAAACCAACAACUACAACUUCCCGACCACUCAAUGUAAAUCAAGUAACAACAUCAUCAUCAAUUGCCUUACCGGCCAAUUUAUUGACAACUUCCUUUACACAAGCACCUUUAACAGAGACCACAACUACUUACUUUUUAACAUCUUCAGAUGAAGAUGAGAAGGAAAACAUAAAAGAGACUAUGCAACAAGAGCAGCAGAAGGAAGAGGAUAAGAAUUUUACAAACUCGUUCGCUUAUGUGGUGGCUUUGUUGUCAAGCAAAAUUGACAUAAAAGCAUUUGCAACAAAAAUAACAACUGCAACUCAAACCACAACUAAGCCACCUGUAACAAUAGCAACAACAUCGUCCAAACCAACAAGUGUUUUAAAUUUCUAUGACUUUUUACCGGUCAACACGUGGCGUAAUGGCUCAAUUGCCACGCAUAAGAUUUCCACAAAACGUGUUGCCAAAGUGAUUAUCGGCCAAGAUUAUACAAGUUCUAAGCAAACAGCAUUUCCCCCAACACCAACACACUCACCUCUCUUUAGUCAUACGACUCGCAACAGCCAAGGUGGUGGCUCGUUUUCUUGUUUAGUCGAAGUCCUUGAGACACAGUGUGAGUGUGGUUGGAGUUCUUCGUUGAAAAUAGCCGGUGCUUCUGGGGUGGCAGGUAUCAAUGAAUUUCCUUCAAUGGCUGGUGUAAUGACCAUAAAAAAUCAAAAGAUUUUUUGUGGCGCCACUAUAAUUCAUCAUCGUUAUUUGCUUUCGGCUGCCCAUUGUUAUAUAACACCGGAAACUAGUAGACCUGAAUAUUUGACUGCUGUAGUGGGAGAACAUGAUUUGUCCACAGUUCUGGACUCGUUUUACACCCGUCAAUACGAUCUUAUUAAAAUCAUACUACAUGAACAAUUCCACGCCACCUCCACGAAAGUUCACAAUGAUAUUGCUCUACUAAAAACGCGUUAUCCCAUCGAAUGGAAUCGUAGUGUGGGCCCAGUUUGUCUUCCUUUUUAUACCCUCAAAGAAGGCAGCGGUACUAUACCGUAUGCUGGACAACGUGUCGAGACUGCCGGUUGGGGCACCACUUCAUUUGGUGGUCAACAAUCUUCCGUUUUGCUAAAGACUACUUUGGAUGUAAUAUCACGCAACGAGUGUCAAAAUAUUGUAAGAAAUUUACCAUUUGGAGCCUUUUGCACGUAUACACCUGGACGUGAUACUUGUCAAUAUGACUCGGGCGGUGCAUUGUAUGCUCGAGGAGAACGUUUAUAUGCGGUGGGGAUUGUAAGUUAUGGUUUUGCUUGCGCCACAAAUCAACCUUCGGUGAAUACGAGGAUUUCUUCGCACUUGAAGUGGAUUAGGAAUAAGACACCGGAAGCCAAAUAUUGUACAAAAUAAAGACUUUAUA